AAGCUUUGAACCGAGUUUGGGGAGCUCGGCAGCAUCAUGCUUAGACUUUUCAAAGAGACAAACUCCAUUUUCUUAUGAAUGGAAAGUGAAAACCCCUGUUCCGCUUAAAUUGGGUUCCUUCCUGUCCUGAGAAACAUAGAGACCCCCAAAAGGGAAGCAGAGGAGAGAAAGUCCCACACCCAGACCCCGCGAGAAGAGAUGACCAUGACCACCAUGCCAGAAAGUCUCAACAGCCCCGUGUCGGGCAAGGCGGUGUUUAUGGAGUUUGGGCCGCCCAACCAGCAAAUGUCUCCUUCUCCCAUGUCCCACGGGCACUACUCCAUGCACUGUUUACACUCGGCGGGCCAUUCGCAGCCCGACGGCGCCUACAGCUCAGCUUCAUCCUUCUCCCGACCGCUGGGCUACCCCUACGUCAACUCGGUCAGCAGCCACGCGUCCAGCCCCUACAUCAGUUCGGUGCAGUCCUACCCGGGCAGCGCCAGCCUCGCCCAGAGCCGCCUGGAGGACCCAGGGGCAGACUCGGAGAAGAGCACGGUGGUGGAAGGCGGUGAAGUGCGCUUCAACGGCAAGGGGAAAAAGAUCCGCAAACCCAGGACGAUUUAUUCCAGUUUGCAGUUGCAGGCUUUGAACCGGAGGUUCCAGCAAACUCAGUACCUAGCUCUGCCCGAGAGGGCGGAGCUCGCAGCCUCCUUGGGACUCACGCAGACGCAGGUCAAGAUCUGGUUCCAAAACAAGCGCUCCAAGUUCAAGAAGCUGAUGAAGCAGGGAGGGGCGGCUCUGGAGGGUAGCGCGCUGGCCAACGGCCGGGCCCUUUCUGCUGGCUCCCCACCCGUGCCGCCAGGCUGGAACCCUAACUCCUCAUCCGGGAAGGGCUCAGGCGGAAGCACGGGGUCCUACAUCCCCAGCUACACGUCUUGGUACCCUUCGGCGCACCAAGAAGCUAUGCAGCAACCCCAACUCAUGUGAGGUUGCCCACCUGCCUCCUUCCCGUCUCCCCCCGCCCGGGCCCCUUCCGCCUCCAGGUCCAUCUACCCAGUCCGCGUGCCCUGGGCCCAGAAAAGAAGGGCCCAGAGGGAGGGAAGAAGAAGGAACAGUGAAGGCAGGAUACCCUCCAUCUCCUCCCCGCGAGGUCCGGCCCAGCGACUUCCCCUCCCGGCGGCUUUGCUCCAGCCCGAAUCCCGGUUUGGGCCGAGAGGUGACAGCGGAGAGUGGCCUCAGAGGGCAGGCACAGCCACCCGAGACAGCCCUGAGCAGCAAGACAAACCCAUUCGACCCGGCCCACCGACCCUUAGCUUUGUGGGACUAUCAGGAAAAAAAAUGUAGAAAAAGCAAAAGAUCUUUUCUGUCCUGUCAGUCUCUUGUCUUUUUUUGCUCUGUGUGCUGACAGAGUCAAGGUCCUCGUUCAUCCGCUGUCCUCAUUCUGCGCCCUCUGCAAAAAGUCACCAGAUUCCAGCGGCACGGGUCCUGCCUGGCCGCCGGGCUUCGGAUCCUGGGACGUUUUGCCUGACCAUCUGUGUAGCUUGUUUGGGAAUUGGGGGAAAUUGGAGGGAGGGGGUUUUAUUUAUUGAGGAAUGGACUUGGCCUGAGGCUGAGUGUUUGCCAAUUCGAGGUUCUGUGGAGCGCGAGGAACACACUGUUCAAACGCACUGUUUACUUUAAACGCACCCGGAAAAACGAAUGAGGAGGACGUGGUGAUUUUUAAUUUAUACCGUACGUUUUGUACUUUGCUGGUAUGGAGAGUUUGGAGCCCGAUGAUUUGCAUUUUUUUUACAUGUCCAGUAUUGAUUUAAAAAAAUUUUUUAAAAAGAUAAAUGAAGCCAACACGAUUUUCUCCUCCCGGGGGGAACUCUUGGUUGCUUUGCCUGGACAAGAAGGAAAAUCCUGAUUUCCACCUUGGGUAGAAAGAGAGAGGGGACCGAUGGGCAGCGGAGAGAGAACAGGCAGGCUUGAGUAAGCGCCCUAAUUCCAGUGGGCUUUAAAGUAAGACAAAAGCAGCUUUACAACAAUUUCUAGAGGCUCGACCACAGAAUAAUGCCAGUCACCACCCUAAACGCACAGUCUCCAGUGCAGGAUCUAAUCACUGUACAUAUUAUUAUUGUUAUUAUUGUUCUGUAAACAUGUUGCACAAGCUUAGCCUUUUUCCGUUCCGUUUUGUGUGGCUGUAAAACCCCAUGCUUUGUGAAAUGAGAAUCUUGACAUUUUACUUGUGAAAUUUGGAAAAUGUGAUCAAUUGAAAUCAACCGUGUUUGUGUUCUCUAUGUCAAAGUUUAGUUUUAUAUUGAGAAUGUUAACUUAUUGCUUUGUAUCUUGGGGAAAAAAGAACUUUGUAAAUAAGUUAUAAAGUUUCUUUGAGACAGUAAAAUUAUGAUUU